UUGGUAAUAAUAACGACAACACCGCCCAGACAAACCGGAGUGAUCACAAACAGAUAUAUCGCGUUUUUGCCAGCUAUUUCAGGGUAUCAUGUUCAAAGCAGGUGGUAAAGCUGAAAUAAUUCGCUCCCAGCAGAAAGAUGAAUAUUACCUGACCUAUUUGAGGGGGUUAGCUGCUGAUGUUGUUCACAACAUAUUUGGACCAAGAGUUUGGAUUGGUUGGAGGAAAGAAGUAGAAAUCCUUGCUGACCUAGGGUACUUCCUGCUCACUACAUUAUCUGGAUUUCAAACAAUAGGUGAGGAGUAUGUUAACAUUAUUCAAGUGGACCAUACCAAAAGACAGAUACCAUCACCAUUGAGGCGUGGUUUCAUGGUUUUCCUCCAUGUUCUUACUCCAUAUGGCCUCCGUAAAGUAUUCGAUUGGCUGGAAAAGAAAUUAAGGUCACAUGAUAGUCAAGAGAUUCCCAUGGAAACAAGAGAAUUUCUACUCAAAUGUAUUCCAAUUGUAAGGACUGUUGUGCUGUAUGUUCACAGACUACACAUGGCAAUGUUCUAUCUGAAGGGCAUAUUCUACCAUUUAGCAAAAAGGAUAAAUGAUGUACAGUAUAUACAGUAUGCAGCACGGUCGACAGUAACAGAGGACACUGUAUCGCACAGCUUCAAGGUGCUGGGUGGGAUCACACUGGCACAGCUGAUUGGCUCUGGUCUGCUAGGCACUUACAGAUACAUCAAAGAUAGGUCAAAACAUAAAAACCUUCUAGCUUCAGAUGAACAGGAAAAAGAAAGUGCCAGCUAUGUUAGUGAAGACAGGAAGUGCUCUCUAUGUCUGGAGGAGAGAAAACACAGCUCAGUAACACCAUGUGGUCAUUUAUUUUGUUGGAGCUGCAUUCAUGAUUGGUGUUCCAGUAAAGCUGAAUGUCCUCUUUGCAGAGAAAAGUUUGAACAACAUAGAAUUGUACCGUUGCAGAAUAUGGAUCCACCAUAAACGAGACUUUAAACUUGAGCACUCAAUACUGUGAUAUCAUUAAUAUUCAUGGGUCACUAAUUUUCAUCCUAGAGUCAGUCAACAAAAUGAAAUCCCAACAAACAAGUAAAAUCCCCACUUGUUUUAUGUCCAGAAGUUGAAAUCCAUGAAUUAUAUCCCCAGUAAAAUAACUGUUUGGCUCAAAGCACAGAAAUUCAUGCCCAAGUUUAAUUAUUUCACGGUAUAGACCUUGAGCAUGACUGUGAUAGAUAUAUUGACAAAUUAUGAAAUGGUGCUUAUUAUGAUUUAAUAUGUUCACUUGAUUUAAGGUUAUGAGUGAUGUGUAUUAAGAUAUCCAUUUUAGUUAUUGGUUACAAGAAAGAUAGAUGAUUGAGAAAUGACUAAUUAAUACAUUUGUUUUGAAAAUGUCUUUACUCGUAGAUAUUUUCAGAACUUGAUUUUAAUAAAGCAGCAGUGCAUGAAUCUAUGUAUGUAGUAGAUAGGUGAAACGGUUUCACUUUGAAAGAAAGACCAUUAGAAUUUGAAAAUGUAUAAAUGUAAAGAAAUGUUCUUGUAUCUGACAUUAACAUAUGUUCAUAGAAUUGGCGCGAUAGACUUGUGUGGUGGAUUUCUUUGUCUUUUUCUUGCCUUUAUGGAUAAUUAUGUCUCCCCCAGGAGACAUAUUGUUUUUGCCCUGUCCGUCCGUCCGUCACACUUCAUUUCCGAGCAAUAACUGGAGAACCAUUUGACCUAGAACUUUCAAACUUCAUAGGGUUGUAGGGCUGCUGGAGUAGACAACCCCUAUUGUUUUUGGGGUCACUCCAUCAAAGGUCAAGGUCACAGGGGCCUGAACAUUGAAAACCAUUUCCGAUCAAUAACUAGAGAACCACUUGACCCAGAAUGUUGAAACUUCAUAGGAUGAUUGGUCAUGAAGAGUAGAUGACCCCUAUUGAUUUUGGGGUCACUCCGUCAAAGGUCAAGGUCACAGGGGCCUGUACAUUGAAAACCAUUUCCGAUCAAUAACUAGAGAACCACUUGACCCAGAAUGUUGAAACUUCAUACGAUGAUUGUUCAUGAAGAGUAGAUGACCCCUAUUGAUUUUGGGGUCACUCCGUCAAAGGUCAAGGUCACAGGGGCCUGAACAUUGAAAACCAUUUCCAAUCAAUAACUAGAGAACCACUUGACCCAGAAUGUUGAAACUUGAUCGGAUGAUUGGUCAUAAAGAGUAGACGACCCCUAUUGAUUUUGGGUCACUCCAUCAAAGGUCAAGGUCACAGGGACCUGAACAUUGAAAACCAUUUCUGAUCAAUAACUAGAGAACCACUUGACCCAGAAUGUUGAAACUUCAUAGGAUGAUUGUACAUGCAAAGUAGAUGACCCCUAUCGAUUUUGGGGUCACUCCAUUAAAGAUCAAAGUCACAGGGGCCUGAACAUUGAAAACCAUUUCCAGUCAGUAACUUGAGAACCACUUGACCCAGAAUGUUGAAACUUAAUAGGAUGAUUGAUCAUAAAGAGUAGAUGACCCCUAACGAUUUUGGGGUCACUCUGUGAAAGGUCAGGGUCACAGGGGCCCGAACAUUGAGAACCAUUUCCGGUCAGUAACUUGAGAACCACUUGACCCAGAAUGAUGAAACUUUGUAGGAUGAUUGGUCAUGCAGAGUAGAUGAACCCUAACGAUUUUAGGGUCACUCUGUUAAAGGUCAAGGCCACAGGGGCCUGAACAUGGAAAACCAUUUCCAAUCAGUAACUUGAGAACCUCUCGACCCAGAAUGUUGAAACUUCAUAGGAUGAUUGUUCAUGCAGAGUAAAUGACCUUAUUGUUUUUGGGGUCACUCCGUUAAAGGUCAAGGUCACAGGGGCCUGAACAUUGAUAACCAGUUCCAAUCAAUAACUUGAGAACCACUUGACCCAGAAUGUUGAAACUUCACAGGAUGAUUGAACAUGCAGAGUAGAUGACCCCUAUUGAUUUUGGGGUCAGUCUAAUAAAGGUCAAGGUCACAGUGGCCUGUUCAUGUAAAAUCAUUUUUUGGAAAAUAACUUGAGAACCACUUGACCUACAAUUUUGAAACUUAAUAGGAUGAUUGGACAUGCAAAGUAGAUGACCCGUAUUUAUUUUGAGGUCACUUGAUCAAAGGUCAAGGUCACAGGAGCCUGAACAGUGACUUGAGAACCACUAGGCCACUAGUGUUGAAAUUUAGCGGGAUGACUGGACAUGCCAAGUAGAUGAUCCCUAUUGCAGCCAACCAUAAGUGUCUCUUUGACUUUCGCUCCUGACCCCUAUUGACUUCGUGCCUAUAGGACUUUGCAUUGGGGGAGACAUGCGCUUUUUUACAAAAGCAUUUUCUAGUUUGAAGUAAUUUUUACGUACACAGAUAUCACAGAUAUAAUAAUACUUUCAUAUGAUUGCAUGUUUAUUGAUUGAAUAAUUAUAAUUGAGUAUCAGUUUUGGGUAGUUAUAAUUUUUCUAGUUUCCGUUGUUUCUUCACAUUUGUAUAUUCAUAAUACUUAUCUUAGUUUAGUUUAAACUUUUUUUUUUUUAAUUCAUUUCCCAGCAAAUAUAACUGUUUAAUGGUUUUACAUGUUUUUUAUUAAAUCUAUAUUUAUAAUCUGUUCCAUUGGUCUGAAACAAAGUCAGAUGAUAAAAUGUUUUAUUACAAACUCGUUUCUUUCCCCGUGAAGAUGCAAUGGAACCGGAAAUGUCAAUAUUUUUCCAUACACUGACCCCUGAAUUUCAUAUCUGAUGUAUUACGUAAUAUAAUGUUUGUCAUUGCAAUUGAUUCUUUUAUUGUCAUACUUAUUAUGGCUAUUGAACAAAUUCAUGAUAUUUACAUUAUAUUUAUAGGUGUAGAUAGGUAUGUAAUAAAAAGGUUAUUAUCUUUGCACUGGGAAAUAUGUACUCCUUUAAUUAGUGGAAGAAUAAAGCGCUCCUAAAGUCGCGCAGUAUUUCCGCUUCAGAACUCGUGCAUAUUUCCCAAUACAAAUCUAAUAGCCUAUAAGUAUUGACUAGUAGGCAGAGCAGAACUCGCAUAUUGACCUCUAACUGUAAUGUCUUGACAGUUUCACAUUAAAACUAUAAGACCUUUUACAUAUUUUAGACAUUUUACUGGGGGAAAUAACCAACUGAUACAAAUGUAUUUGAUUUCUCUUUAAUUCCAUUAACCUUUAAAAAUAAAACAAUUAACGCCUUUCAGGCUUGGUCAAUUCAUGUAUGAGGAUUUUAUCAGUCCGGAACAGUGAGUAUAAGUUGCUAAAUGUUCAUAUCAACCUCACUAAAAGACAAUAAUUACAUAUUAAUUAUUAUAGACAAGUGGAUUGAAGUGAAUGUAUCAGCUUUCAUGUAUUCUCCGAUCUAACCAAAUCCAUAUCAAAACUUCACUUUUAAAGUUAAAGUAGCUGAAAAUGAAUUCAAAUUGCAAUAAAUGUGAGACAUACUGACCUCCAGAUUUUGUCUAAAAAUGAUCUUGCUUUAAAAUUAAAGUUCGGUCAUAUUCAUUAGAAUAUGAAUUUUUAGCUCGACUAUUCGAAGAAUAAGUAGAGCUAUCCUACUCACCACGGCGUCUGUGUCGGCGUCGGCGUCACACCUUGGUUAAGUUUUUCGUACCAGUCUACAUUUUGACAAAGUCUUUUGAGAUAAAGCUUUGAAACUUUCAACACUUGUUUACCAUCACCAUGGCCAGUUUUAGGCAAGAGCACAUAACUCCAUCAGGGAUUUUGGCUGAAUUAUGGCCCCUUUUGACUUAGAAAUCAUGGUUAAGUUUUUCGUACCAGUUCAUAUUUUGACAAAGUCUUUUGAGAUAAAGCUUUGAAACUUUCAACAAUUGUU